AUGGAGCCGAAAUGUGAUUAUUGUAAAACCACGCGAGCAAUAAUUUACUGCAAGUACGAUUUGGCUAAACUAUGCCUAACUUGCGACGUCCAUGUACACUCUCCGAAUCCUCUGUCUCGCAGACACACACGUUCUUUGAUCUGCGACAAAUGCUUCUCACAGCCUGGCAUAAUCCGCUGUCUCGACCAGAAGGAUUCAUAUUGCCAAGGAUGUCAAUGGCACGUAAGUAACUGCUCUGCCUUAGGACAUAGACUUCAAAGGCUGGAACCAUUCUCCGGUUGUCCUUCUCCAACCGAACUUUCCAGAAUGUGGUCUUCAAUUCUUGAACCUACUUUUUCCAGUUUAGUUAAUCCAUCCAUUGGUUCUUUGCCUUUGGUUGAUCCCAACAGUGACAUGUUCGAUAUGUCAAAAAUCAACGAGUUAAACGAUUUAUUUGGUUCCUCUUAUUCAAUGAUGUCACAAAACAACACUUACAUUCAGAAUCUCAGUGACCAAUCAUCUUUCUUUUCAGGGGAUUCUAAGGGAUGUCCUGAUUUGAUUCUAAAACUUGAAGAAGGCGAAGAAGAUCUAUGUGAAGGACUUAACUUGGAUAAUGCACCGUUAAACUUUGAUGUUGGAGAUGAUAUCAUCGGCUGCUCGCCACAAGAAAACAUAGAAUCUGAUCAAACAUUACCAAAUGCUCUCUUGGUUUACAAGAACAACAUAUCUGUUACUGACUCAAACUUUACUACAGACAACCCAUUAGAGGUAACGUCACCAGGACAGCAAGAUUGCACGAGUUAUCAUCAGUCAGUUCCGUUGCAAAUGAACAUCAACAUUGGACUUCCUCUUCCUACAUCCCCUAUCUUGUUCGGACAGAUGCCUCCGAACAUCACAGGUCAUGAAAGCAGUGCAACAGAUUACCAAGAUUGUGGUAUGUCUACAGGGUUUAUAAUGAGUGAUUCACCAUGGGAAACGAAUCUUGAAGUUGGUUCUCCACAAGCAAGGAAUGAAGCUAAGUUGAGAUACAAAGAGAAGAAACUCAAGCGCACUUUUGGGAAACAGAUUCGAUAUGCAUCUCGCAAAGCGAGAGCUGACACGAGAAAAAGAGUGAAAGGAAGAUUCGUGAAAGCUGGAGACAAUUAUGACUAUGACCCAUCAUCACCACCAACGACCAAUCACUGA